ACCGAUUAUCAUCAUUACAAUCACCAUCAUCAUCAUCACCUUCAAACAAUAAUCAACUCUAUAUGCGACCUUGAUCACAUUCAAACAGGCAUCCGGUAUCACCAGACAGUCUAGUUUCUGCUCUUCUUUCUCCUGCUGGUCACCAUGAUGGAAGGCGUGGCAAAGAGGGCGAUCGAAUUGAUCGGCAGUGCGAAUGAGAAGCAUGUAGAUUUUCCUGCUUCAAUCUUGACUGGCUUGCAAUCCUCUUCUGGUGCUUCUGCUCAAAGUCUUUCGGAAUUGGAUAAAUUCAUUCAUGGCUUAUUUGCAUUUGAUCUCCCAAAGAACUUUUUCAUUCAAAUGGCAGUAGCAGGUGCUUGUAUUGCAACAUUGGUCCUGGUUGGUUUGGCAACAAUAUACUCCCGUGUAACACAAAGAGCAUUUUGGAUUUUCAAAGCAACAAGGAGAUCAGAAGGUAUUUAUUUGGUUCCGAAUGCGUUAAAUACGUUUUUGUUGUUUGAAGGUGUUUUUGCUGCGCUAUGGCUUGCAUUCAUCAUCAUUCAAUACGAAGGCUACUGGAGACAAGUGGAUGAAAUACAAAAGCAUAUUGCCACAUUCAAUCUUAUCAUUUGGUGGCCACUUUGGAUCGGCGCUUUCAUGGCAGGAUGGGGUUCGUUUUACACUGCACCUGGUGCAUUGGAUAAAGGUCCUUUACGCUCCAAUGGCCUAGGAAAAUUCCUUCCGAGACCGCUGGUGAUUAACAUCUUCUGCAUCGGUACACCUUUGAUCUUGAUAAUCUCUCUUAUCCCGCUCAUCGUAUUGACACAACAUCACUUAAACGACGCUUUUGGCGCUUACAAAAUCUUUCGUGCGCAAAUUGCUUCCGCAAUCGCAUCAGCAGGUUCCAAUCCCAUUGCUGCCUCUCCAGAACAAUCCUUGCAAUUUUUAUCAACGGCUAAUACUAUCUGGGACAUGCAAGUCAAGACAGGUUAUUAUAUGGCAAUCGGUUAUGCUAUUUGGCCGGUAUGGGCAGCCAUCUUUCUCAUCUUUUAUAUGCCAGCAGGUGGAUAUCUCGUUUACCUUGUUUGGGGUCAAUUGCGUCGUCAAAAGUCACUCUUGAUCGAAUUACGGGAGAAGUACAUCGAAGAAGAAGCGAUCGAAAGAAGAAAGCGUGAGCUGGCCAGGGAAGAUGGCUUAGGACCCGGAAAUCAAGUGUACAGAAGGUUGGGAACAAAUAGUACAGGAGGCGCAGUUGCAAUGCGACAAAUCAUAAGUCUGGGAGAGGAAAGUGCACCGCACGAUCCAACUUCAUCCCUUUUAUUUCAACCUCUCACUUCUUCACAGGAAAGAGCAACGACAAUCGCAGGUCCUGAAGCUGCACCUUCACCGCCCGUAACGCCAAGCACAGUUGUCCAAGGCCGUACACAGCUCUCACACAAUCAUCACAGCGAAUCGAACGAACAGAAGCGAUCGAAUAGCACCGAAGGUGAAGAAGGUCAAGACGUUUUCUUUCCUCCAAUGAAACCGGAAAUGCAAAGGCGAGCAGGAACGAAACGAUUGAGUAGUGUUGGAGGAACUCCUUACACACGAUACAAAUAUUUGAGAAGAUGUUUUAUCAAUUUGACCGUUUUGUACGCUGCAAUCGUUUUGGGAGCAGCACUUUACUUGGGCGUUUCAGCUUCUUUGGCUAGAUAUCUCUACAAGAGCUAUCAGAAAGGACCAGAGGAUUUGGCGCAUAUCGUUUAUUAUACCUGUGUUAUUGCAGCUUGGGGUGCAGUUGUCUUUGGUUCAGCUUGCAUUGCGGCCAUCAUGGCAAGAUUGAUCGAUCCGGCAAAUGGACCGAACUCUAGCAGCAGGAACGUUAGCGAUGAAAAGGGUGCAGGAGGUCAAGGUGGCUUUGCUCGUCGUGUAGUAGCGGCAAAUUCUCCAUUCACAAUCCGUAAAAAGCUUUCUCAUUCAUCUUCUUCACCUUUGCAAGAAAAGACGAGAACGUUACCUGCCGUACCGGAAAGUGUUGGUGCUACGGUAGACGAAUUGAUGACGGGAAUCUCUAUACCCGCUCCUGUUCAGCACACUCGCAGCAUCGGAGCCGCUUCUUCACGGUAUCCCAGAAGGAUGUCAUCACUUGAUGACGGUCAUCUUCCGGUGCCGCCACCAAUGCAAAAUCGGGCACUCAAGUUUGACAUGCAUCCACGACCAGAAAGAGGCUUGAUUCUUGAGCCUACUGCUGCUUCUUCUUUUGCUGAGCUAGGAGGCGAAGAGUCAAGCCUUUGGCCAGAAAAUUCCGGUAGAACGUCAACAUCUUCACGUUUCAAGCAACUCAAGCGUAAGAACAAUUUGAAAUCGAUCAAUACCACUCCAACCCUACCAUCCGAUUUCCCUUCUUCAGCAGUGGGAAGUAGUAAUAACUCAUCACAAAGAAGUCUACCUUCUCGUAGGAAAUAUUCGCUCACCGAACCAACUGCUGCACCUCCUCCGCCACCUGCAAAACCUUUGGCUCCAGCACGAACGCCACCACUCUCGCCGCAAUACAUGGCAUUGAUCAAGGAUGGCAAAAGAGGAAGAAGGGACGAUGGUUUGAACGAAUACAAACUCGAUGAUGAAGUAGCACCCGUUCCUCCAAGCAAGAUGGGUAUUGCUCGUUCUCGAGGUGAUUGGCAUGUGGAUCCCAGCUUUACGGGCUUACAGCAUCCAUUGAUGCAUGAAACAAGUACUUCUGCCCCUAUCACCAUGCCAGAUCCCCACAUGGCUUUGUUCUCCGGACUGAAGUUUGGUGCGAUUCCAGUACAAGGAGCCGAUGUUAGCGCUACCCAAAGUGAUGAAAGUGACAUUGAAACUCCCAUGGUGAACAAUUCUUUCUCUGCACACAGAAAAUUGCAAAGAGACAGCAAGCAAGACGUGCCUGCUCCCGUGACGAUCAGUAACAAAGCAUCACUCUCCACCGUACAAACAUCUCCUUCAGUUGCAGUCACGCCAAUCAUGACUCGAUCUUCAGGAUUGAAAUCGGGAGUGUCUCCGUUUGCAUCUCCAACGAUCGGCUUACCUCCUACUCCUACAUCUGCAACUGCAUUCACAACGUAUCACAACGCAGCCGGAGAGUGAUUCUCUAAACGGAUUGGAGAAGAAUGAGCUGGAUAGUAAUCCUCUCGCUUCACCGCGCAGACCAAGUUUACCCUUACCAGAACUUACCGCUGCCAAUGCUCCUCAACAUUCAGCACUUUAUGGCAGACGAAGAUCAGAAGCACCCAUAUCCACUGAUCGUAUGUCUGGCCUUUAUUUUUAGCUUUAUACAAUUUGCUAGAGCGCUUUCUACACUCGCAAAAUGCUGCAAACAUUCUUUUCUUUAUAAACUUACACACUUAUCGUUCUUAUACCUGAAAACAACAUCUUUUGUACUUUUAUCAUCAUUUCAAAUUCAACAAGGUCGUUCUGUGAAAUCAAAAGUU